UGUCCGCCAGCGAAGCAUGGAAUUUUUAAGAAGAGCACGAUAAAAAUGGCUGUGAAGAUUUGCUUCGUUUUCCUAUUGACUAUCCUCGUUGUUCAGAAAUCAGAACUGUCACCAGUUACCGAAACUUACGGUAACGUAUUUGCCGGCAUCAUAGACGAGGCUUUGAGGCUUGCUCAGGAAACGAUAAAUUACAUUGCUGAACUGAUCAAGGAGACUGUGGAGCUGGCGUCACAGACAGUUGAUGAUGCGCUGAAGACGAUCCUCGAGAAGGGAAAGGAUGUUCAGUCAGAGGCGCAGGAUGCCUUACGGAAGCUGCUGCAGUCAGUGGCCGAGGAGAUCAAGAAGGCCAAGGACAAGGCGCUGGAGGCGGGAGCGGAUAUCUCGGAGUGCAUAUCUGGCCAGGAGGACGCUGCUAAGGAAGCAAUUGAAGAAGUGACACAGGAAAUUGCGGCUUGUGUUUCUGAUAAGGUGUCUGAAGGAACGCAAGUGACGCAGGAACUCCUCAGUAGCAUCAGGAACGCCACCCAGUUCGCGGAGGAGGUUGCAGGCAACAUCAUCGCGUGCUUCAACUUGUCGGGCCCUUUCAAGGUGCUUGACUGCGUCAUAGCGGAGACUUCUAAAGCCACGAAGCAGACUAUCACCAUCGUAACGUCCAUAAAGAACAAGGUCAUUGAAGUUAAAAACUUUGUGAUUCUGGCGGUUCGUGAUUUGUCCCUGUGCGCAGGCGCCAAGCUUCUGAAGGCACAGGAACGAGUGGCCGAAAUCCUUAAGAACAUCACAGUUUGCGUGGAUGGGAAAUUGAAUCCUAACAAUUCAGAUUAUGAGAGGCUUCCUUUGUUAAAGCAAUCAAACUGAAUUAAUGGGUCUUUGUUUAAAGCUUGACAGUGGCAUAUCUGGUCAACAAGCGUUUCAAAUAUGUGUGAACGGAAGAUUUCAAUAUCAGAAACAAAUAUCCAACCUAGGAUCUUCCCCUGGAUCGUCUCAGUCCAGCCCACUACCCUACGCCCUGCUUCCUCAGAUACUUUUUAAUCUUAUCCUUCCAUCCGGGCCUAAAUCUCCUGAUUAGUCUCGUUUCUUGAUUUUUUUAAAAUCAAUAUUCGGUACACAUUUCUAAUAUCCCUCGUUUUAUGCUAUAUUUCUCACGUCUUUCCUCUGUAGGCUUAAAUAUACAGGAUGUUUUGCAAGGGCUGAAACACACACAGCGACAUCGAUCGUACGGAAAAAUG